UUAUGCAAAACAAGCCGUGUCGUCGACGGAAGCCGGGCGCUGCGUCUCGUCUUCCGACAGAUAUUCCUUUAAAGGCGCAUUUAAAGCCCUGGCUUCAGUCGCAGGAGCAGCGGACAGCCUGUACAGCGACAACAUUCUGCCGCAGAGCCAGAGCAGCGACAGUCCGACCUCCCGGAGGACACAAGCACGGAGCCAGCUGGCUGUCAACGACCCGGCGGAGGCUCGACUGCAGGGCUUUACGAUUACAGCCUGGACCAAAGGAACAACGUCUUGGGGACAUUUAUGAAGCUUUCAAUGCCUUUUGAUAAUCAUCUGAUGACUAAAUGGAGCCCUUCUUUCUGAUGAAAUAGCCACAAAGAAAGCUGACUGGAUGCCAGAGAUGUCUGGCAGCAGAUUGAUCAGCCAAUCGAUGGGGAUUUUUACAGGAGCUCCGCCCGCCAGCGCCACCAGCCCUCCUCCCCCCUCCCGCUGCAGCCUGUCGCUCGCCCCCACCCACACCAUCAUCCAGCCCUCCAUCCAGCCUCCCAGACACAAAAUGACUCUGGAACUCACCGAAUGGUCUUCUAUAUGGAUUUUUACUGCUUGUAAUAGACAGUAAAGGAAAACAACGGAGGAAACCUCAAUGACAAAAAAGCCAUAAACACCCUGUGCACCCACACACACACACAUUCACACACUCACAAACAAACACACUCAUACACGACCCAUUCUAACACCGGCUUACCAACAAACCAAAUACAUUUUCAAGCAGUUUCGCACACACCGUCACAGCAAACACAAAGAAGGAAACGCACAAAGCUGCUCUUUGGAAUGUACCACUCACUCUUCCUGUGAAAUACAACUGCUCACCUAUUUUUUGGGGGAUUUUCUACAAGCCUCGGAAAGCUGAUUUGCAUUUUUUUUUUUUUUUUACUGUGGGUGGAAAACAACAAGGAUUAAAUUUGAAGUUGCAGUGGGUUCUGGAGGACAACUUGUUUGGGCCACAAGUGAUUGCAGAUUUCUUUUGGGCUUUUUCCUCUUUUAGAUCUGAACAUUUUUAAUCGUUAGAUUGAGAAGUUAUAGCUUAUCCUAUAAAAAACAUUUGUAGGCAUUUUGUUUUAACUGAUUUUGUUAAGUGAAAACUGAAAUACGUACAGGCCAGUCUUUUACAUCCAAUGGUUGCAGUUUGUAGCUUGUAAAAAUUCAAUUAAAUUGCUUCAAGGAAGUUACUGCUGGUUUUAAAUAAGCUACAACAAACUUAAUACAAGUAAGUUUGUGGAAGUAAGUGUUUACCUUUCAGGCUUUUUGGGUUAGAGCGGGAGUUAUUUUUGCCGCGUGCAUGCCCUCCGCCAUGCCUCCGCAGAACACAGAGGCUGACGCUAUGCAGGUCGGAUCUCUGGUUGGCGGGAUCUGCGGCAAGAAAUCCUCGGCCUCGGGCCCGGAGGAUGAGAAAGGGGCAGCAGGCGGCGAGGCGGAUGGAUUGGGGGGCCCGGGAGGAGGCCGAGGAGGGGAGGAGUCGGCCAGCGAGGGAUCCAUCGAGGGGAUUCCACUGAAGCGAUGGGUGAUGCACGGCGCCGUGAUGUUCGGCAGAGAGUUCUGCUACGCCAUGGAGACGGCACUGGUGACACCUGUGCUUCUGCAGAUAGGGCUUCCAGAGCAGUACUACAGUCUGACGUGGUUCCUCAGUCCGGUCCUGGGCCUCAUGUUUACGCCUCUGAUCGGCUCGGCCAGCGACCGCUGCACUCUGCGCUGGGGCAGGAGGAGGCCGUUCAUCCUGGCUCUCUGUAUAGGAACCCUGAUCGGAGUGGCGCUGUUCCUGAACGGAGCGUUGAUAGGUCUGUCGCUUGGUGACGAGCAGGGGAAACAACCGAUAGGCAUCGUCCUCACUGUGCUGGGCGUUGUCGUGCUGGACUUUUGUGCAGAUGCCACAGAGGGACCAAUCAGGGCAUACUUGCUGGAUGUGGCGGAUACGGAGGAGCAAGACAUGGCGCUCAACAUCCACGCAGCUUCUGCCGGCCUCGGCGGUGCAGUCGGCUACGCUCUUGGAGGCUUAGACUGGACACACACGUUCCUGGGAGUGAUCUUCAAGUCCCAGGAGCAGAUCCUGUUCAUAUUUGCUGCCAUCCUGUUCUCCAUCUCUGUGGUGCUCCAUCUCUUCAGCAUCGAGGAACAGCAAUAUUCGCCACAAAGCGACAGGCUGGAUCAGGAGAGUCCAAAAUCCAACCACCCUCAACCGUCAGCCAAUGGCAGGCCUGGACUUCUUGCACCCAAACUGGAAAUGAUCGGAGAGGACGAUACGAUAGAAACCUACGACUUCUAUGAUCAUUACGGUGACAAUCAUUCAGAGCACGGAGACAUGGACAUGGACUUCCUGGAAGUGGAGCUUGUGAGAAGUAAAAGCGACAGCGUUCUCGCCAUGGCAGACGCCACCCUCGACCACCUGGACCACGACCCCCUGUUCCUGGGCCACCUGGAGCCGUCCAUCUUUGCCGAGCGCCUGUCGCCCCACCACGGCACCCCCCCGAGGAUCCCGUCCUUCUUCAGCCCCGACCACAGCAGCUCCCGCCCGCGGCUCGCCAGCAUCCGGCGCAGCAGCAGCACGGGCAGCGAGGACCUGCUCCGCCCCCACCACGCCAACCACCACGCGCCCCGGGUCUGCCGCCUCUCGGCUUUCCUGCAGGAGAUGGAGAACGACGACGGCGAGGAGGCGCUGCUGAACAACCAGCUUAACGAGCAGCGGACUCUGAACGGGCGACUGAUGGCCAGCGUGACCAACGCAGACGGCGGCAGCACCGACAGGCUGAGCUCCAAAGGACAAGCACACCGCGCCGGGAUGAUUAAAGCUGCCAGUACCGGAGCGCCCAUGCGACAGCCGCGACGCCAUCACACCUUCUACCGCCAGCCGUCCUGCACGUUCUCGUACUACGGGCGCGUCGGAAACCACCGCUAUCGCUACCGCCGAGCCAACGCCGCGUUCCUCAUCAAGCCGUCCCGCAGCAUGAGCGACCUGUACGAAGUGGAGGCCCGGCACAGGAGGAGGAACAGACGGAGGAGCAGACACCGCAGCGGGAACACAAACUCCUCCAGCGGAGACACGGAGAGCGAGGAGGGCGAGGUUGAGACCACCGUACGGCUCCUGUGGCUCUCCAUGCUGAAGAUGCCUCCAGAGCUGCUGAGACUCUGCGCCUGUCACCUGCUCACCUGGUUCUCCGUCAUUGCCCAGGCCGUCUUCUUCACCGACUUCAUGGGACAAGUCAUCUACGAAGGAGAUCCCACCGCUCCCACUAACUCAACAUUACUGGAAAAUUACCACAAGGGGGUUCAAAUGGGAUGCUGGGGGCUGGUUAUAUACGCCCUGACCGCUGCUACAUGCUCAGCUAUUCUUCAGAAGUAUCUGGACAACUUUGACCUGAGCAUCAAGGUUAUCUACAUCAUGGGAACUCUUGGAUUCUCUAUAGGAACUGCUGUGAUGGCGAUCUUCCCCAACGUGUAUGUCGCAAUGGUGAUGAUCAGCAGCAUGGGCAUCAUCUGCAUGAGUAUCUCCUACUGCCCGUAUGCGCUGCUAGGACAGUAUCACGAAAUGAAACAGUACAUCCAGCACAGUCCUGGUAACUCCCGCCGAGGCUUUGGGAUCGACUGUGCCAUCUUGUCCUGUCAGGUCUACAUCAGUCAGAUCCUGGUGGCCUCGGCUCUUGGCUCUGUGGUGAAAGCUGUUGGCAGUGUGAUAGUCAUUCCCAUUGUGGCCUCUGGGGGCUCUCUUCUAGGGUUCUUCACCGCCUGCUUCCUGGUCAUUUACCCGACACCGAACAAUGGCGAGGCGGACUCCACCAAAGCUUCCGAGAAACAGGCCCUGACGACGCAGGAAAACCCGAGCAGCAACGACGGUCCCGUUAGCGUGGCGACGGAGAAACCUAGCUUCCUGAAGCUCAACAAGGAGGGGAAGGUAGCCACCACCACCACCACCACUUCCUGUCACAUGGAGAAUGAGUCUGCGCUGUGAUCGGCUUGCAAAGACAACUAAACCGACCGUCGAAAGUAAAUCGUGGGACGAGACUAAAACGUGCCUCCACCUGGAGUUAGCUUGGUCCACCCUGGGUUUUUUUUCUCACACUAAUAAUUCAGUCUGCUGUGAAGGCCUGCGGCACCUCAGAUCAACUGGUGGUUCUUCAGCAAUCGGCAGAACUCAGAUCUAUCUGCAGAUAAAUAUCCAAGUCAUCCAGGAAGGAGCAACACUACUCUGUGUUUUUUUGGAGGCGGUUUGUGUCUCUCAGGGCUGUUGGGUGCUUCAGAACUGUAGCCCACAGAGAAAUUAAGGAGACUCUAAUACAGACUCCUAACAGCUCCUCAUCUGGGGUCGAAUGGACAACUUUACUCUGAACACUGCUGAUGAACAUUAGUCCUUAAAGCUGCAAUCAUUGCAAAAAAAAAAAAAAAAAAAAAGCAAAAAUGCUGAAAAUCGUUCUUCCUCACCCUGGAGUCAACUUGAUCGAACUUUUGCUUCGUUACGCUGAAUCUGAUGAUGCGUUUGUCUCCGGCGGAGGCUCCGCGUUCACCAAAACAACACUGCACUCGGCUUUGCGGGACUUUCUCAUCACUCUGCGACAGUAGCUUUAAGACUUUCGGAGGAGGCGUUUCUGAUCCUUUUGACCUCAGCGCCUGGUCCCCGGGGAGUAUUUAUCGGUCCCUGCUGCCCCCGGGUUGUUUGCAGAUGUUUUGCUUUAGCGCUCUUCCACAUUGCAGCAAUGCUGUUUUUUUGUCUUUAUCUGUCUAUUGCAUGAGAAAUAUGAAGCUCUUUAACGUGAUCUGCUAAGAAAACACAGGUUUCUUUGGCAUAAUUCCACACAAAAAAAUAAAAAAUAAGAUGCAUAUAUGCAGUUUACAGGGCAUUACAAUCCCAAAUAUUGUUUUCCUGACAAGUUGGAAACUUUGGAUUUAUCACAGCUCAGAUACGUGCUGCACGUUUAAUAAGCAGAGAAAACACAAACCAAACUUCUUUCUUUUUUUCCCCGCUUUCUUCACAAUGGAAAACUGGGCUGAGUUAUUUCUUUCAUGUGUUACAGGGUUCAGCAAAAAAAUAAAA